AUGGAAACACUACUGGCAGGCACCCUGUUGGGUACUGUUGCCCAGGACGGCUCUACAAUUGCAGUUUCCCUCUCCAGGAAGGACACAGGCAGAUGUUCUGCCUCGCUGGCUGGUCUCAUCAUUAACCACCAUGAAGACAGCAAAGGCAAUAGAACAAAGCUGCCACCAUUUGUCCUGGCUCUGCCUGCACCAGAGGAUGACUUCUGUACCAGGCUGACCAGAAAGGCCAUGGGCACCAGGAGAGCCCCCCAGAGGCCAGCAUGCAGUGAGUGUCCCCUGGGGAGGGCGGGGAGGGGUGGAGGACACAGCUGCUUUGUCCCUGUCCAGACCUGGGCGGGAGGGAGGCACGGAGCUAGGCCAGGGUUGGGGGAAUGGGCCCGGGGAACUCUGAAGGAUCAAGAUUGGGUCUGGGGAUAUGCAGAAAGGAAGGAGAGAGAGAGGCUGGCAGGGAGGUCCCUGGCCCCCAUCACAGUGCCCCCUGCCUCUUCACUCAGACAGCAGCUGCCACUUGCGCCACGGCUUGGCUGGGUAAGAGCAUCGGAGGGGAGGAGGGGUGCUGUGGCUCCCUCCUUCCCGUGUCCGUCUGCCUCUACUGACCCUCUUAUGUUGCCAGCCCCACGUCUUGUCCUUGUGGCUGUCUUACUUGGCCUGGCAUCCUCUCUGGACUGGAAGACGGCCUCCAGCCUGAAUCCCUUCGAGAAGUGUAUGGAGGACCCUGACUAUGAACAGCUGCUCAAUGUGGUAACCUUGGGCCUCAAUCGGACCCUGAGGCCCCAAAAGGUGGUGGUUGUCGGUGCAGGUGUGGCCGGGCUGACAGCUGCCAAGGUGCUCGGUGAUGCCGGACACAAGGUCACCAUCCUGGAGGCGGAUAAUAGGAUUGGGGGCCGCAUCUUCACCUACCGAGAUGGGAAGACGGGCUGGAUGGGGGAGCUAGGGGCCAUGCGAAUGCCCAGCUCCCACAGGAUCCUGCACAAGCUCUGUAGGAGCCUGGGCCUCAACCUGACUCAGUUCAUACAGUAUGAUGAGAACACGUGGACGGAGGUGAAUGACGUGAAGCUGCGAAACUAUGUGGUGGAGAAGAUGCCAGAAAAGCUGGGCUACCAUCUGAGCCACAGGGAGAGAGGCCGCUCUCCAGAGGACAUCUACCAGAUGGCACUCAACAAGGCGCUCAGGGACCUCAAGGCCCUGGGCUGCAAGAAAGCUAUGAAGAAGUUCAACCAGCACACGCUCCUGGAAUACCUCCUUGGGGAGGGCAACCUGACCUGGUCAGCCGUGCAGCUCCUGGGAGAUGUGAUGUCCAAGGAGGGCUUCUUCUACCUCAGCUUCGCAGAGGCAUUACGUGCCCACAGCUGCCUGAGCGACAGACUUCGGUACAGCCGAAUCGUGGGUGGCUGGGACCUGCUGCCGCGGGCGCUGCUGAGCGUCUUGUCUGGUCCGGUGCUGCUGAACGCGCCGGUGGUGGCGAUUACUCAGGGGAUGCACGAUGUGCGCGUGCACAUCGACACUUCACUGGAGCCUCACGACCUGAAGGUGCUGACGGCUGACUUGGUGCUGCUGACGGCCAGCGGGCCCGCGCUGCAGCGCAUCACCUUCUCGCCGCCGCUGACACGCAGGAGGCAGGAAGCGCUGCGUGCGCUGCACUACGUGGCAGCCACCAAGGUUUUCCUGAGUUUCCGCCGGCCUUUCUGGCACGAGGAGCACAUCGAGGGCGGCCACUCCAACACAGACCGCCCAUCUCGCCUAAUAUUCUAUCCGGGGCGCGGCGAGGGUGCGCUGCUACUGGCCUCGUACACGUGGUCAGACGCUGCAGCCCCCUUCGCUGGCCUGAGCACAGAGCAAGCCCUGCACGUGGCACUCAGGGACGUGGCGGCCCUUCAUGGGCCGAUCGUGUACCGGCUGUGGGACGGCAGGGGCGUAGUCAAGCGCUGGGCGGAAGACCCGCAAAGCCAGGGCGGCUUUGUGGUGCAGCCGCCAUUGAUGCAGGGGGAUGAAGAAGACUAUGACUGGUCAUUCCCCUAUGGCAGCAUCUACUUCGCGGGCGAGCACACAGCCCAUCCACAUGGCUGGGUAGAGACCGCUGUCAAGUCCGCAUUGCGGGCCGCGGUGAAGAUGAAUAACCAUGUAUUCAGGGCGACCAGCACCCAGGGGCAGGAGCACAUACACAUAGAGGCCAGCGAGGUUCAGGAAGCGGUUGACCACUAUGAGCAGCAGCAGGAAAGCCCAGAGGAGCAGGAGUCCCCACACGAAGAGCUCAACCCCGAGGGACAUGUGUUUGUGGAGACCAUCCCCGAGGUGCGGGAGCCCGUGUUCAUGGAGACCAUUCCCCAGGAGAAGGGGCAUCUGCAUGUACACCAGACCAUCAUCCCCUCGCAUGUGCAUGUACAAGAAGAAGUUAUCUCUGAAGAGCACGUGCAUGUGCACGGGGGACACAGGCACGAGGGAUCGGGGCCCCAGAGGCACCCGCACAUGCGCGGAGAGGCUGGCCACUCUUCCUGCACAGGGGGAGGAAGUACCCCGCCCCCAAUCCUGCCCCUUCUAGAGCAGGCCACACAAACUAAUAGUCCACAAUAAAAUUAUUUUUUGUUAAA